CGGACUACUUCCUCCGAUUUGCAUCGAUUGUCGUCUUGAUGCCAACGAUUGAGACGACGAGAAACAAAUCGAUCGAGCAGUACAAGUACCCGUACGAGAACUCGUGCUAUACUCAACGCAUCUGUUCGUCCGAAUCCCGAGACCAAUACCGUACCGCAUUUGGUGUAAGCAAGGUUGAAAUCUGUCGAGUCGACAAAAGGAAAUAUCAAACAUAACUGUUACCGGCAAGAACGACGAGGCAGCACAAAGCAAACUACACAAUGGCGAGAAACACAAAUACAAGUACACUGCUGGCCCUUACGUUGGCAGCCAUCUUGGCAAUAAACCCGUCGUCUGCCUUCCACAUAUUGCGGGCUCCAUCCUCUCGUAGUUUACCAACCACCAUCGCAACAGCUCCGGCAACCUCAAUCUCUAGAACGAGACGAAUGUCGAUGUUCGCGGCUCCACUGAAUUCGGGCCAGACGAGCAGCGACGACGAAAUAUCAACAACAUCUGCUACUGCGACUGCUACUGCUACUACAACUCCUUACACACUGCGGCGACGACUCCACAACCUGAAAUGUUGGUUCCAGUAUUACAACAAUAACAACAACAACAAUAUUGACAGCAACGGCAUUGACGGCUGUCGGCAACAACGCCGCCGCAAAAAUCGUGCCACCAAGAUUCUUGCCGCCUCCCUGGCGGCCUCGGCCGGAAUCGUGGCCCCUUCCCCUUCGCUGGCGAGAACCUUUGCCGACAACGUCAUCGACGGGACCCAGACGUACAGCCUCCGGCCCGGGGUCAGCAAGGAGCAGGCCGAAAAGCUCUCCAGCGGCGUCAUGCCCGAGGAGGUCCGAGACAGGGAGGGAGCUGCGUCUGUGUCCGCGCCUUCCGGUGGGAGCAGCAAGGACGCCUCACCGACCAAGGCCGAAUCCAAAAAGAAGGCCGACGACCUCUACGGCUACUACGACGACGAGGACGAUGAUUUCGAGGACGACGAGCUGGAAUUCGGUGAGAGCGAGAAACUCGCCGCGGCCACCCAAAAGCGCCAGAGCUCCUUCGGAUCUUCCGAUGGUGCAGGGGCUUCGGCCUCGAUCGCGUCGGCCACCGACGCCUCGAAGGUCGCCAAGUCGUCCUUUACCGGCAUCUCGAAGCCGUCAAAAGCCAAGUCGACGAUGGUCUACAUCAAGGCCAGCCUGGGCGUGGCCAUUCCCAUCUUCUCGUUUCUGGGGGGUCGAAAUUACAUCCAGCACCGCCGGGAAGCGAAACAGGUCGAGUACAGUCUCAAGGUAAUGGAUGAAAAACGAGCCGAGCUCUUUGGAAUUGACAAGGACGGGAAGAACAUUACGAAAACCGAGGACGACGAGGACGAGGACGAGGACGACGAAGAUAACGACGGUGAACCAUCCGAAGAUGGUGAUGACGACGACGACGACGAUGACGACGAUGAUGACGACGAACCACCCACCCGAAGACGACGAUCCCUGCCAAAAACGCCCAGUGGACCCCUGGGAGGGGGUUCGGGAGGAUCUGAUUACGACGACGGCGGUGGUGGCGACGAUGGUCCCAACGAGGACGACAUUCGAAAACUUGGCGAUCUCUUCAAUAAGUGACGAAAAAGAGGGAAACGAAUAGGAAAAAACAUACGAAACCGAAACAGUGGAGGAUUAACCGGCCAACCCACACUGUAUAGCUAGAAAGAAGGCCUCCCGUCGACUAGAAACCGGAGGAAUCGUCUCUGCGAUCGGAUCAAGACGAGACAGAGAUGGCAUUGCUUUGGUGAGACAAACACGUCAUUAAAAAGACCUAAUCGCCGUCGUAUCAAAGUUUUAUCUUAGUUUUUUGUAAUGCCCAUUCAACCAGCAUUUGUUCAACGAUGAUCAACUACGUUGUUAGUACCAGCACUACUUCUAAAAUGGCUAUAAAUGGGUAUUGAUCCU